AUGAGGACGUUCGUUCUGACCAUCCUCGUUGCGCUGACGUGUGUGAUGGCUCGGCGAGGGGAUUCAGCCGUUUCAGAGACUCGUGUGAAUAAAGAAUGCAAAGACUCGCCCAGUGGCAUAGAAUACAGAGGCACUUUGAGUAAAACCCGAGGAGGGUUUACAUGCCAGGCAUGGGCAUCCAACUCCCCGCACACGCAUGAGCUCAUUCCAGACUCCGAGGACGAUAGCGCGGCUUUAAAUCACUGCAGGAAUCCUGAUGGUGGCAAAGAACCGUGGUGUUUCACUGCAGAUCCAAAGAAAACAUAUGAUUACUGUGAUGUUCCUUUUUGUGACCCUGAAGAAAAAGUGUCACUUACUGCAUCUCUUACGGGUGAUAUGAUAAAGAUUCCCAGUAUUGAUGACAAAAAGGUGCCAUUUGAUAUAGAUGAACAAAAGUUUCCAGAUUUGGCCGAUGUUGAUGAAAAUAUACGGACUGAGAAGAACGACGUUCCGUCUGUUAGUGCUGAUGAAAAAAAGGUUCCAUUUGAAGGUGAAGACAAAACGGUUCCCAAUUGGCCAAAUGUUGAUGAAAAAAUGGUUCCAACGCGUACUGAGGACAAAGAAGUUCCGUCUGGUACUGGUGACAAAAAGGUUCCGUCUCAUACUGGUGCUCCUGAAGACAAAAAUGCUCCAUCUGGUAUAAAGGGAACUACCAUCAUUCCAGAUAAAAUCUCAACGAAAGCCAGCGUAAAAAAGAAAGUUUCAACGGCAGUUAAGGGUUUUAAGAUAGGUUCAAAUCGAGGAAGACUUUCUUAUAAAGGCACAGGACACGAAGGCAGCUAUAAACCUUCCAAAAUCUCGAAGGAGAAAGUCCACACGAAGAAGAAAGAUGGCGUUAAAAAACCAAGUGUCGAUGUUGGGGUGAUUCCGGAAUCAAAGCAAGGUGAUUGCAAGUCAACACGAAAAGGUACAGAAUACAGUGGAACAUUGAACAAGACAAGAAGAAACUACACAUGCCAGAUGUGGGCGUCCAAUUCCCCACACGAGGUGAAAUCCAGUCCGAAAAACAAAACAGCUGCUUCCAACUACUGUCGGAAUCCGUCCUCAAGGAAAGGGCCAUGGUGCUACACCACAGAUCCAAAGAAAAAAAAAGAUUUGUGUGAUAUCCCUCUGUGUGUCGGCGCGAGGUCGGGUAGAACGAGAGGUUACAAACUCAAGAAUCAAAUAUGCGGCAAAAGAAGCUACGCACGAGGCACAAAUGUGUCAUUCAGAGACUGCAAAAAGGAAUGCGACAAUGAUAAUAAUUGCAAGUCCUUCUGCUAUACCACUCCCUUCGCGUCGAAACCUCCGAAAUCUGAGUGUCAACUCUUCGAGACGUCUUGCGAAGGUUUUCUGGCGGCACCACGCUGGCCAAAGUCAAUGGGAAUGGAAGAUAUGCUCAUUCCUCAUCACUACAUCAAGAAAACCAAGAAAACCAAGAACUAA